CCCCCGCAGUUCCAUGCUGCUCCAUCCAGUUCAUUUAAAACAAAAGAGUUUGAGCGCUGGAAGGGGCUGGGCUCGACUGGGGGCCACUGGGCGCCGCUCCCGGACCGGGGCUCGGUGCGGGAGCCUGAGGGGGGCGUCUGGACGGCGGGGUCUAGAGCCGCCCGGGUCCGAGGCGGGAGGGGUGGGGGCAGAGAUCCCGCAGCCCCCCGCCCCCCGUCACCCCCGGAGCGGAGACGAGAGCGGCUUCCUCGGUUUUGCUUCUCUUUCCCCCCACCCCCACCCCGGGGGCUGGGGCGAGGGGAGUCGGGUUACAGGGUGUUUGGGGAGGGGGGCUUAGGGGGAGGGUCUAUCUUUCUAUCUCGCUUUCUUCCCCCCUCCCCAGUUCUUUGUUCCCCCCUCCCCACACGCCCCCCUCCUCUCCCCUCCCCUCCUCUCUCCUCUUUUCCCUUCCACCACCUCUCUCCCUCUCUCCCCCAGCUUUUGUUUCGCCAUGCCUAGUCUAGUGGUAUCUGGAAUAAUGGAAAGAAAUGGGGGCUUUGGAGAACUAGGAUGUUUCGGGGGAAGCGCUAAGGACCGAGGGCUGCUGGAAGACGAGCGCGCCCUUCAGCUGGCUCUCGAUCAACUCUGCCUCCUGGGUUUGGGGGAGCCCCCCGCCCCCACGGCGGGCGAGGACGGGGGAGGUGGGGGGGGCGGCGCCCCCGCGCAGCCGGCCGCCCCCCCGCAGCCGGCCCCGCCGCCGCCGCCCGCGGCGCCCCCGGCCGCCCCGCCGGCGGCCCCCGCGGCGCAGACGCCCCAGCCCCCCACCGCCCCCAAAGGGGCCAGCGACGCCAAGCUCUGCGCUCUCUACAAAGAGGCCGAGCUGCGCCUGAAGGGCAGCAGCAACACCACCGAGUGUGUCCCCGUGCCCACCUCCGAGCACGUGGCCGAGAUCGUGGGCAGGCAAGGCUGCAAGAUUAAGGCUCUGAGGGCCAAGACCAACACGUACAUCAAGACCCCGGUGCGCGGCGAAGAGCCCGUGUUCAUGGUGACCGGCCGGCGGGAGGACGUGGCCACAGCCCGACGGGAAAUCAUCUCGGCGGCCGAGCACUUCUCCAUGAUCCGCGCCUCCCGCAACAAGUCGGGCGCCGCCUUCGGCGUGGCGCCGGCCCUGCCGGGCCAGGUGACCAUUCGCGUGCGGGUGCCCUACCGCGUGGUGGGGCUGGUGGUGGGCCCCAAGGGGGCAACCAUCAAGCGCAUCCAGCAGCAGACCAACACGUACAUCAUCACGCCGAGCCGCGACCGCGACCCGGUGUUCGAGAUCACGGGCGCCCCGGGGAACGUGGAGCGCGCGCGCGAGGAGAUCGAGACGCACAUCGCGGUGCGCACGGGCAAGAUCCUCGAGUACAACAACGAGAACGACUUCCUGGCGGGGAGCCCCGACGCCGGCCUGGACAGCCGCUACUCCGAGGCCUGGCGGGUGCACCCGCCCGGCUGCAAGCCGCUCUCCACCUUCCGCCAGAACAGCCUGGGCUGCAUCGGCGAGUGCGCGGUGGACUCCGGCUUCGAGGCCCCGCGCCUGGGCGAGCAGGGCGGGGACUUCGGCUACGGCGGCUACCUGUUCCCGGGCUACGGCGUGGGCAAGCAGGACGUGUACUACGGCGUGGCCGAGACCAGCCCCCCGCUCUGGGCGGGCCAGGAGAACGCCACGCCCACCUCGGUGCUCUUCUCCUCCGCCUCCUCGUCGUCGUCGUCGUCCGCCAAGGCCCGCGCCGCGCCGCCGGGGGCGCACCGCUCGCCCGCCGCCUCCUCCGCGGGGCCCGAGCUGGCCGGACUGCCCAGACGCCCGCCGGGAGAGCCGCUGCAGGGCUUCUCCAAACUGGGGGGCGGCCUGCGGAGCCCCGGCGGCGGGCGGGACUGCAUGGUGUGCUUCGAGAGCGAGGUGACUGCCGCCCUCGUGCCCUGCGGACACAACCUGUUCUGCAUGGAGUGUGCAGUACGCAUCUGCGAGAGGACGGACCCGGAGUGUCCCGUCUGCCACAUCACGGCCACGCAAGCCAUCCGAAUAUUCUCCUAAGCCCCCUGCCCCAGGCCUCCUGCGUCCCUCCCCAGGGGCCCGCCCUGGAUCUGUUUUCCACCGGGGCCUUUUGGAAAUCAGUGGUCUGAGGGGCAAGGUGCUUAGAGAUACUCGCUCCGUGGGGAGGGGGAGGGGAGGCGAUGGUGGCUGAGGAGGGGUAGGCCACUUUCAGAGCCUCUGGUCACCCCAGUCCUGGAAUGGUGGGGAGGGGGCCAGGCAGGAGAUUUUACUAGAGUUACAACUCUGAUACCUCAACACACCUUUCAAUCUGGAAGCAGCUAAGAGAAACUUUUGUUUUGCCGGAGGUGACCGUUAAGGCACCCUGACCCCCUCUGUCCACCUCCCCAUCUGCAUCACACUGCCCCUCCCUCUGCGGAGGGGAUGGGGAAAGGGAGGGGGACAGGUUCCAUCUGUAUCUAGAGGUGCUCUUUCCAAUCCUCAAGCCCUCUCGGGCCCUGACCUUUGACCUCCCAACAUGACCCUUUAGACCCUCCACUGCCA